AUGCUUGAUGGAACUUUAUGGAUAGAAUACAAUAGUACAUGUAAUGGAAAUAUAAGUACUACUGGUAUUAUAAAAUUGGAAUAUUCUUUACCAAUAUUAAUACUUAGCAUAAUUGCUUUAAUAUUAAAUGGAUUAUGUAUUUCAAUAUUUUCAAGACAACAUAGAAAAUCAGUUAUGCGAACAAGUUUACUUGUUUUAUCAGCUACUGAAGUACUAUUUCAUUUAUUUGUUUGUAUAGAAUAUACAACACAACUUAUAUGUUCAUCAAAUCCACGUAUGAUAAGUCCUACAGAAUUUAUAUUAUUUGCUCUUAUUAAUUGGGGUUCUGAUUGUUCUUUAUGUACACGUAAUUGGUGUAAUGUAUUAAUUACUUCAGCUCGUACCGAAGUAGUAGUGUAUCCAAUGCGUAAACGUCGUAUACUUUCACAUUCUUCAAUCAAAUUUAUUUAUGGAUUUUUAUGGAUUCUAUCUGGAUUUCUUGCUAUUGUACGUGCAUUUUAUGAUUAUGCAAUUGUUUGUAAUUCAUCAAAUGACUUAAUUAUACAAUCAAGUAAAACAUCACCAUUGUAUACAAAUAACUUAGAUUUAUCCAAUGAUUUUGAUGAAAAUACAAACACUGUAACACAUAUUGAUGCUUUACUAGAUCAAUAUAUCAUUAUUAACUAUGAAGCUUAUUGUUUUUUCAUAUUUCAAGUGAUUGCACCAACAUUAUUUGUUUUAAUUAUGUCAUUUAUUAUAUCAUUUUAUGUUUCACCAUGGCGUGAUACUAAAAUUAUUGAAGUCACUAAUGUACGUCGAAGACAUCAAAUGAAAGCAACUAGAACUAUAUUAUUUUUAGCUAUUUCAUUUUUAUGCUUUCAAACGCCUAGUUUUAUAUUAGUCAUUAUACAACAUUAUACUAAUUUAAAAAUUGAAUUUCAAUUAGCUAAACUAGUAGCAGAUUUAUUAUUAACAUUUGAUUCUAUUAUUAAUAUAAUGAUAUAUGCAAUUGGUUUACCGGGUUUUCGUGAUUAUUUAAAUCGAAUGUUUAUUUGUUUAUGUCCAUGGAAUCAUAAUAAUCAUAAUAUUGGGAACAAUAAUAAUAAUAAUAAUAAUCGUAUUCUGUUAAAUUCAGUUGCAUUACCUCAAUCAGAAUUUCAUCCAAUCUCAUACAAUAAGAAUUCGAAAAUUACACAAUUCAAACCAAAACAUUCAUUGAAUUGGAAUAAUAAUCGUCAAGGUAUUUAUUGUUCACAACGAGAAAAAAAUUAUUUUCAUCAUGGAGAUAAAAAUUCACAUUGUCACUAUGAUUCUUUACAUGGAAAUAUACAAAAUCAAUAUUCAAAGAAUAAUAUUGAUUGUAUUGAUAAUUCACAAUGUGAUCAUAUUCAUGAAAGUAAACAGAAUUUAAAUGAAGAUUCAUUGAGUAUUAGAGAAAGAGAAAUUUGUGAUGAUCUAUGA